AUGUCGGAACGAGUCAAAGAUGCACUGAUUGCUUGUCUGUUACCCUAUAUCCGCAAUACCAGAGAAAGCCAGUGGUACGCUCUCUCUCGUACAUCGCUUUGGAAAACGGUGCUGUCUACUACUGAAGAACCCGAUACUCGCUCACUCAAUGAAGUAUUGAUCAGAACAGUAGAAAAUUAUAAGAGAAGUAUAAGUCAAUGA